AGAAUGGACAGUUUCACGCGUCACAUCCGGUGGAAUAUUCUAGCGGAUUCUUCGUGGGGCUUUAAAAGCAGGCGCGCAGAGGAGCAAACAGAUGCUUGUUACAGCGUUUUCUUUAGGUACUUCAAGCUGCUGUGGUGUUGCCAGACUGACCCAGGGAAAACCAUGAUUCUGCUUACUCCAUCUUCUGGUUUCUUCCAGCGCACCAAAAAGCUAUUUCUGAGUGAGCAGGCCACUGGUGUCCAGAUCAAGGAGUUCAUACGCAAAAAUGCAGCCAAUGCUCUGUCUAUGGCCAACAUGCUCAUGGGUAUGGCCUCAAUUCUCUGCAGCCUGAAUGGACACAAACAUGCUGCGUGCUGGCUGGUCCUGAUUGGCUAUCUGCUGGAUUUGGCUGAUGGGGCAGUUGCCAGGCGACUGGACGCAUGCUCUGCUCUAGGUGCUAAGUUGGAUGAUUUUGCAGAUUUCACAACCUUUGGGAUUGCCACAUCAUUGCUCCUGAGGACACAUGACUUACUGGACAACAUCCUGUGCAUGUGCUAUGUCCUGUCAGUGUUUGUCCGCCUCUGCUUCUUCUCCAGCGGCAUCCCUUUCAUGUACCGGGGCUUGCCAUGUAUCUACGCUUCUGCCAUCCUGGCCUGUAUCUCCCUGCUGACCGGAGGUAACCCUGUGAUCCUUCGGAUCAUUGCUGUGGUCCUGAUCCUGCUUAUGGUGAACCAGGGCUUCUACCCUCACGACAGGGUCCUGGAGUCACAGGCCUGGAAGAAGGUGGUCUAUGCUGGAGGAGUUGUCAUGGUGUUCUGUUCCUCUUUCCCUCCGGCAUGUGUGUACUACCUGUUGUGGUCUGUCUCCUACAUUUUGUUCCCAACAUCUCUUUGGAGUUGCAAAGUGUAGUAGAUGUAAAGGCCUGCUGUAAACUCACACUCGCACAUGGCUUGUCAACAGGCCGCCCAGCGGAGUUACUAGCUGCUAGCUUUCCACAGCGGAUCGAAAAAGGACGUAUAUUUUUUGUAAGAUGUAUUUGCCUUUUUUCAUCAUGGCAACUUGAUGGAUAAUGUACUGUACCUUAGCCAUUUUAGUUUUUGAUUCUGACAGGGUUUGGGUAUCUUGUCUACCAUGUCUGUACAAUACAUCUGGAGGAGUACUGUUCGGUCUUGUAUGUAUUGUACUGUCCCUUAUGCAGAAAUUGUGCUUAAGAUUACUACAGUUAUUUUAAAAUAUUUUCACUAAUUCAUAGGAAGUAAUUUGGGAGGACUGUAAAGCAAAGGUAUGCAAAGUCUGGGUUGCAACGCCAAGAGGGGACUUGUAUCGGGGUCGUCGUACUUUGAUGAACACUUCCUUUUUUUCAGAAAGGAAUAUACAUGGGACUGUAACCAUCUUGUUGAGAAAUGUAAUUGGAUACAUUUUUACAUCAUAAAAAAAGCAUUUUGUAUUUAACGAUUCUCUCUCACAUAGUCAUAAUAGCCUACAAUCAAUAGUCUGGUAUGCUUAUGUUGCUUUAUGAGUAACAAACUUCAUACUGCCAAUUGUUGCCCAGAAAGGAAAAUCAAUGUGUAAUUUAUUACUGACAGGCUGUCCACAUAGGAAAGAUGAUUAAACUAGAAUGAAUGUGUUUUUAUUUUAUAUUAAUAGGCAAUGUUAGCUAUACUUUUGCUUAGAGGGCUACUGCUCAACAGGGGCUAUUUUGCAGCAAUUUCAAGGGUAGUCAACCGCUGAUUCAGAUAGCCAAUAGCUCACAAUUGCAGAAACAAAGGCCAGAUGAUAGGAUUUGUCAUUGCAGGCUGACAUUAACACAGCGGAAAUGUUGUCAAUGAACCGAGCACAAGGAGAACCAGCAGUCUUCAUUUCAACCACCCCGAUGGGGUCGCCAGAAUGUAAGGAGAGGAGAAAAAUGGGUUCCCUACAAAUAAUAGUUCAAUAACACUGAUGUAAAGAAAGAAAAUGCCAGCACAAAAAUACACCUGACACUAAUAGAAGCCGUGUCCCUCAAUUUUUAUUUUAUUCUUUACUAUAUAAGGUUGAUUUCACAUGGCAUGCUAUCAGUUUGAAGUAUGUUUGGUCAACACUUUAGUUGGAAAGUCCAGAUAGUCAAUCUGUAGAUGUUCUUCAUAUUAUUAUACUAUCAACACAAUCUGUUGCUAAGGAAAUUAUUGCUAAGUUUAUGGUUCGUGUUAGGAUAGUGAUUGCAGUUAAGGUUAGUAGAUAGUUUUACUGAUGGCUGUCGGUUGUCUGUAGAGCAUUGAUCAGAUGGCCAAGCACUUAGGGCAUUGAACAGUUACCAAAAGGUUGCUAGAUCAAAUCCUGUGUUCUGUCCUCGAGCAAGACAGUUGACCCUAAUUGCUUCUGAACGUCGCUCUGGAUGAGAGCGUCUACAGUACUAAAUGACUAGUGCAAAUCCACAGAUGGACUAUCCAAAUGAAGUGUUAUGGUUUCGUUUUUUUUCUUUAGUGGGGGACAGACUUCCUGUGGUUCAUAGAUUUCUUGUGUUCUACUGAAAAUUACUCUGCCAUUCUGAGUUAUUUUCUCAUCAGGUUUUUAAAAAAAAAUGUAUUUUUAUUUUUUGCUUUCUGGCACCAGAAAUGUAUUGUCGCUCUUUGGUGGUCACAUGUUUAUUCCUUACAAAAUCUACAAACCAUUUUCGGAUGAGAUUUGUUUCAUUAUACUGCAAGCACAAUUGAAUAGUGCUAUAAUUCAAUGACUUACAUUCCCACCAGUUAUUUUAAUCACUCUGAAUUACAGUAUUUUAAAGAUGUCAGGCUAAUUAUGGUGUAUACCAUAAUGGCGAUUACUAUAUACCUGGUCUCUUAAGUACUAGUCUCAGUGUUUUUAUUGACUAAACCAAACGCCGAAGCAGGUUUUAUCCUUACUCUGUAAGGGUUUUUCCUCUUUUAAUUUGGAUUACCCAUGUCAUUGUGGUUAGAUUUUGCCUCCUAUGAACGUUUUUGGUUUUUGUUCUUCUCUGCUUCUGUUUUAAGAGGCUUUGGACAUUCAGUAGUACCUAAAAAGCAUUACAAUCCUGUUGCUUUUAUUUAAAGGUAAAGUAAAUACAGUUUACAGAGUUAUAUUUUUUGGAGUUCACUUUAUAACUUUCACACAAUAUAACUUUCACACUAUAGUGCCGUCCUGAACCGUGUUUUGUUGACUUGGAUAUUUUCAGCAGCUAUGUAUAACCAGUCCUGCACAGCUCAUCUUUGCUUGGUUCGGCUCAGCUCAGUAGUGUGAAACAGUUCUGCAGUUACCUUUGAGUCAUGAGGACAAACAUAUUUACUGGAAUCUUCCUGUUCUUGGUCCUUUAUGUUGAGCAAGGACAUUCUCCAUUUCCACAUAACUGGGUGUGCUGUUCUGAAGAUAGUGGUUUGUGCCUCUCUCUUCUUAGAUAUGAGUGUGAGUGAUGGAGACAAUGUGAUUAGUUUUGUUUUGAAUUGUCUUUAGAGCUUAAGAGAGAAACUGACGAGCAACAGUACUAUAAAUGUCAGCUCAGCGUGGCCCAAAGUGCCAGUUUGUUGGCGUCAUAGUCAACAAUAAGCAGUGCUUUAAAAAAACAUCAACAGUCCAGAUAGUGUGUGUGUGCAGUACAUUGGAAAAAUACCACUUUUAUGUAACAUAUUCUGAGUGACUCCAACACCAUGUCACGGUGGGUGCUCUCUCCCUGUGUGGCCACUAUAAUACAUGUCUCAUUACUACAAUCAAAGGCACAUAAGUGAUACUCGCUGAUUAAGGAGCAGUAAAUGUCUUGUGGUGAUUUCUGUAUUGAAAAUUUGGUAACAAUUUUGACAAUAAAAAGUGGUGAUAAAAAGA